GAGAGAGGGGCGCAGCAGGUUCUGCAGAGGAGGAGGGGUCGCUCUCUUGUGGACCAUCGUGCACAUCUGCCCCCUCCUUCUCCAGGUCUCGUGCAUCCGAGGGGCGUUUGCAGCUGGCUCCAGCCCUCUCCUCCCUUCCAGGUGCAAGGCUCAUGCAGCGGCUAAGGGAGAGGCUAGUGGUUAGAGCUGAAGCUGGAUGGAUGGGUAUGGGGAAAGGGGCAAGCGGCCAAGCCCUUGGACUGAUCCAGACCCUCUUUCUCUCUCUCUGCGUCUUCCCAACAGUGACGUCUCAGUGCAAAAUCAUGAAGUGCAAUUCUGAGUUCCUGGCGGCCACGUCGGGGCCCCACCACGUGGGGGCGGAGGACACCCCCGAGUUCUGCACGGCCCUCCGGGCCUAUGCUCACUGCACUCACCGCACAGCCCGCACCUGCCGAGGAGACCUGGCUUACCACUCCGCCGUCCACGGUAUCGACGACCUGAUGGCCCAGCACAACUGCUCCAAAGACGGCCCCACUUCCCAACCGCGGGUCCGCCCUCUGCCCCGAGGCGACAGCCAGGAGCGCUCAGACAGCCCGGAAAUCUGCCAUUAUGAGAAGAGCUUCCACAAACACUCUCCUCCUCCCAACUAUACGCACUGUGGGCUGUUUGGAGACCCCCACCUGAGGACUUUCUCUGACAGUUUCCAGACUUGCAUAGUCCAAGGGGCAUGGCCGCUCAUAAACAACAACUACCUGAAUGUGCAGGUCACCAACACACCUGUCUUACCCGGUUCCACAGCAACAGCUACUAGCAAGCUCACCAUAAUUUUCAAGAGCUUCCAAGAAUGCGUAGAGCAGAAAGUCUACCAGGCCGAAACGGACGAACUCCCAGCAGCCUUUGCCGAUGGCUCCAAGAACGGUGGCGACAAGCAUGGCGCCAACAGCCUGAAGAUCACCGAGAAGGUGUCCGGCCAACACAUCGAGAUCCAGGCCAAGUACAUUGGCACCACCAUUGUGGUGAGGCAAGUCGGCCGCUACCUCACCUUUGCUGUGAGGAUGCCCGAAGAGGUGGUGAAAGCGGUUGAAGACGGAGACAACCAGGGCCUCUACCUCUGUCUCUGGGGUUGCCCGCUCAACCAGCAGAUAGACUUCCAGGCCUUCCGUUCGACCGCGCAGACCACAGAGAACCGGGCUCGCCAGAAAGGUGCCAGCUCUCCGUCUCCGCCAGAGCAUUUCACCUAUGAGACAGCCACAGCAAAGUGCCGGGAGAAGCUUCCGGUGGAGGACUUAUACUUCCAGUCCUGUGUCUUCGACCUCUUGACGACGGGCGACGUCAACUUUACCCUUGCUGCUUACUAUGCCUUUGAAGACGUCAAAAUGCUGCACUCCAACAAAGACAAAUUGCACCUCUACGAACGGACACGAGACUUGGAGACAGGCAAUACGGCCCCCUUGGAGCCUCCCACACUUCUCCUUUUUCUGGGGGUGUUGGCAUGCUUGAGCCAGUGGACAGCUGUUUUCCUAUAGGCUGUCAUGUGUGGCAGACCUCCUGAGUCGGG